GGCACAGGUGGGGGCACUGCUGGGCACGGGAGGGCGGAGCUAGUGGGCGCACUGCUGGGCGGAACUUGCGGGUGUCACUGCUGGGCACCGAUCAUCAGGGCACUGAUCAUCAGUGCCCUGAUGAUCGGUGCCGAUCCCCGCUCUGACAACUGCCGGUUCUCGGCAGUACUUUCCUCACGAUCUGACAGCUGCCGGUUCUCGGCUGCACUUUCCUCACGCUGUCAGAUCGUGAGGAAGGUACUGCCGAGAACCGGCAGUUGU